UAUAUAAAUUAAGGGCAUAAUCUUAAUAGGGAUUCUGCUUUAAUAGUAUAGAUGUUAAACAAGCAUAUGUACUUUGGUAGUGCUAAGCAUGUUUUGCCCUUAUCUUAGUGGCUUCUCUUUUCAAAUCCUUACAGUCAGUGAACUCUUAAUUAUAAAAAAAAAAGGUUCAAAAUGACUAACAAAGACGAAGACAAAACCAAAUCAAAAUCCAGCGUCAAGAAACUUGAGAGGACAUUUCACAAAACGUGCAUCACCGCGCAGCCCAGUUUUGUUCAUAGGCUUUACCCUUUAUAUGGCCCAUAUUAUACACCCAUGCAUGAACAUAUGAGUUUCGGAUCAAAUCGGUUUAUAAACCGGCAAAACCGGGCCGGGUAACCUCAAUAAGAAUAAUGAUGAUGAGAAUAUGCCGUGGAGUAGGAGAGUUCAGGAGGAAGAUUCUUCGACUCAUUCGCAUCUCUCUCACUAUAUUCUCUCAUCUUCCUCUUCUACUUGCUCCUUCUCCAAUAUUUAUGCACUUCUUCUCUAGCACUUUCUCACAUUAGGGCCAUUCCUCCAGAGCAGAACAAACAAGAAACAGCCAGCAAGUAGUUGCUUUGCUGGCGAAAGAAGAGACUUGGUCUUGUUGUGUGGUUCUGAGAAAGAGCCAAUGAGCCUUCAAACUGCAGCAAAGUCAAGCAACGCCCUUGAGGGUAUCCAUGGAGUUCACGUCGUGUCGCCUUUCUCAUACGACCGAACAACCCAAGUUGGUGACUUUCAGACCAAUAAAUCCUCAGAAAUGGGAACAAAUCAAAGACUUUUCAUCGAACGUGUUUGGCAACAAAGACCUCCAUGUCUAAGGCCAAUCCAUUGCUGCAUUCGCGGGGACCAGAGUGUCUUAGAAACAGCAGCUAAUGUGGCUACUUCGCUUCCUUUCAUCUUCCUUGGAAUGCAAGCACCAAGGAAGAAUCUGAACACAAAAGUGUACGCAAACUCUCUUAUUGGAGUUGGAAUCGCUUCGAGUCUGUAUCAUGCCUCUAGAGGAAAGUUGAGGAAGUACCUGAGAUGGCUAGAUUACACUAUGAUCGCCACAACAACAAUAUGUCUUUCAAGGGCUCUAAGGAAUGAGAAUCCAAAGUUCUUAAUGGCUGCAUCAGCUUUAGUUCUACCGUUUCAACCUCUAAUGGUCUCUGCUGUUCAUACCGGAAUGAUGGAGGUGGCGUUUGCUAAAAGAAGUUUAAAGGAUCCAGAUCUCAAAACAGCUCAUAACGUGCACAAGAUGUCUUCGUUACUAGGAGGUGCUCUCUUCCUAGCUGAUGAUUUCUUUCCCGAGACACAGUUCCUUCACGCUGGUUGGCACCUUGCUGCAGCCAUUGGAGUUGGAACAUGUAAUAAGCUUCUUGAAUAGUAGAUAUGGGAAGUUAUCUAUUCUUGGAACAGAGAAACCAAAAUAGUUUCUCUGUUACUCCUAAUCAGCCGACAUAACUAAGAACCAUUGUAGUCAGUAAUAUCUACGUAAGUUCUACUAGAUGGUGUUUGCAUGAUCAUGUAAGAACGUUAUUGAAAUUAUAAAAAUCCAUGCAAUAGGAAACA